AUGCUGACGCGAGAAAAAAUUCAGCUAGCUUAUUUAUAUUUCAUUCAUAAACCUCACAAGGCAGGAACACCAUUGAGACUUAUUGUAUCAUCAGUGAAUAUACCAACAACAGGAAUUUCAAAGUUUUUGUAUAAAUUAAUCCAACCAAUAUUUGAUAACUAUGCACGUUCAACCACAACUAUUAAUGAAGUUGAUUUGAUUCAGCGUUUAGAAGCAAAUAAAAUACAUGGAUAUGUUGAAGAUAUUUUCUUUACUGUGAACGAUUCACUCGAAUCUGUUGACCAAACGUUAGAUGAAGCUAACAGCUUUCAUCCAAACAUUAAACUAGUGAGACAAAUUAGUAGAAGUAUUCCAUUUCUUGAUCUAUUCAUUGAGAAUAGUAAAGGAGCUUUAAAAACUUCCGUGCAUCAUAAAGAAGCAGCUGAGCCAUAUGUCGUACCAUUUGGAUCACACAAUUCUGGCCAUGUUUUUCGAAACACUGUUGAUGCUGCUAUUACGAGAAUAGUUUGUUAUUCAACAACUUUGGCACAAUUCGAGGAAAAAAUACGACAAAUGACACUCAUGUUUCUCUAUAAUGAGUACGUUUUCGGCAUUCAUUCGUGUUUCUCAUUUUUUUGUAUGUGA